CUUAUUCAAGCGUAAAAAAACAAACAGAACAUUGUUGUCCUCUUAGGCCGGAGCCAAGUUUUGUUUGUGCACAGACACACACACCGCACAAGCUCUCCCCUCGAGCUUCAGGACAAGAGGAUGAUUUAAAACAUGAUUUAAAUGAAGACGUUUCGAGUCAAUUUAAAUGCCGGGGCUUACGGACACCACAGGAGCAGUGUGGAGGCAUGUUGUGUGUUUUUUCUGUUGUUUUAUUACGUCUGAAGGAGGAGUCCCCAUAUCCUUCAAUUGUAUUGGAUUUGGCAGCAACGCUGUUUACCACUGAAACUCCAAAAGUGUUUUUCGGACUCUAAGACUUCACCCACCCUCCUCCAUCGGCACAGUGGCUGCAGAGGAGCGUGGAGCAGAAGCCUUGGACAGACAGAGUCACUGUGGCACGAUGGAAAGAUUCCCAGCAGUAAUAUUUGUCCUGCUGGUUUCAUGUGUCUGCAGGACAUCAGGGCAGACAUGUGAGAGAAACUGUGGAAACAAAUUCGAAGUCUGUUCGUGUCACCCGACGUGCACGUCUCUGAAGACCUGUUGCACGGACUAUAAAGAGUUCUGUGUGGAAAUCUCUCCGUAUUCUGGGACCUCGUUCGGUGGGACGGAUUUUAUCAUCCUUGAUGCAACUUUCAAUCAAAGUUCCCAGGUUGUAUGCAGGUUCACCAUGCAUACCGAAACUGUGGGGUAUGUGGAUGAAAACAGUCGUGGACACUGUAUCUCCCCAUUGCUCUACCAAACAGGAUGGACCCCUCUGCACAUCUCCUCAGAUAAUGGCACCACAUUCAAUAGAGUUGGAGCCUGGCUUUCAGUACACACUGGCAAGUUAGAUUCUAUGUUCAAGGCGACUCUGGUCAACUCGACCAAAUGGCAGUACUACGGCACGCCUGGUGUCGGAGGCUCUCUGGAGAUGACAUGGAACACGUCUCUGGUCAGAGCUGCGAGGGUCAACGUAGAGCUGUGGGGAUACAGGGAGACCGGAGAGCCUUACUCAGCCAACUGGCAGGGUGAAUGGAAAUAUCUGUACUCGCUCGCAAGGGAUCAACCCAACAAUGGAUCCUUCAGCUUUUUGCCCAAACCAGCAGAGAACGGCUUCUCCAGCUGGGAGCUCGGCUCUGUGCGCAUCAGCUCCAGUAACUACACCGAUGGCAUGUGGAACGUGCAAGCUGCGUGGACUGAGGAUCACGCUCUUGCUUGGCACCUGGAGGAGACGUUCAGGCAGAACUCAACAGUUUGGGCCCUGGACAAGUGUGUAGCCUGGGACCAGCUGGAGAACAAGCUGCCCAACUUCCUCAGUGAGGUCAUCGACUGCCCCUGCACCCUGGCUCAGGCCAGAGCCGACACGGGGAGGUUUCAUACGGAUUAUGGCUGUGACAUAGAGAGAGGGAGUGUCUGCACCUACCACCCCGGGAGUGUUCACUGUGUGAGGGCCAUACAAGCCAGUCCCAUGUACGGGGCGGGACAACAGUGUUGCUAUGAUAGCACCGGUGCCCAGGUCCUGACGGCGGACUCCAUCGGGGGGAGCACUCCGGACCGAGCACACGACUGGGGCUCGCCUUACUACCAGAGACCCCCUCGCAUCCCUGGACAGUCCCACUGGGUGUAUGACGUGCUCAGCUUCUACUACUGCUGCCUGUGGUCGGACAACUGCCACUACUACUUCAAGCACCGGCCCUCCAGCGACUGCAGACGCUACCACUCACCCAGCUCGGCUGUGGUGUUUGGAGAUCCCCACUUCAUAACGUUCGAUGGCAUCAGCUACACCUUCAAUGGUAAAGGGGAAUACACUCUGGUGACCUCAACAGAGAAGAACCUGACAAUCCAAGGGAGAACAGAAUCUGUGAAUGGAACCAUAAAAGCGACCCAGUUAACAUCCGUGGCCAUGAAAGAAGCAUUCUCUGAUGUUAUUGAGGUGCGUCUCGCCACGGGACACAACGAGCUCCAAGUGCUGCGGAACCAAAGAACCAUGUCCUUCACUGAGCAGAGCUGGAUGGACCUGCACGGCGUGUUUGUGUUUUCUCCUGCCUCGACGAGCGUGACCGUGAUGUUCCCGACCGGAGCCGGGGUGGAGUUGCGACUGAUAGGGGGAACCAUGACAACCACCGUGCUCCUGCCAGAGGCGUUCAACGACUCUACCCUCGGCCUGUUGGGAAAGAUGAACGGUGACGCCGCGGACGACCUCGUCCUCAGCAACGGUCAACUUGUGCGGGACCACAGCAAUGCAGAGGAGCUGUUCAGCUUCGGGGCGAGCUGGGCCGUAUACAACGCGUCUGCCUUGUUCACAUAUGACACAGAGCAUCUUUUGGACACAUACUACCACGUUCCGAGACACGACCACACUUUUAUUCCAGAGUUUUCUGUCCCUGUGAGUCCAGACGAUCCGUUAGGUGAACAGGCGUCUGAGAUUUGCUCUGGAGAGGGAGCUCGGUUCUGCAGGUUCGAUAUCCUGGUGGGUCGCAGUCCAAGGAUGGGAAACGCCACUAAAGUGUCUUACCAGAGUCACAUCUCUCUUGUUGGGGAUCUGAAGCCAGUGACAUCCUGUGGCUGGCUCUCACCACCGGACAACGGUCAAAAGGAGGGGACCACGUAUUUACAAGGAGCGAAGGUUCUGCUCUCCUGCAACGACGGCUACACUCUCAAAGGCUCAGCAGAGCGCGUGUGCCAGGAGGGCGGCCAGUGGUCCGGAAAGCAGACGAGCUGCGUGGUUCCCAGUAAUGUCGCAGGAAUUGUGGCCGGUUCAGUCAUCGGAGCUCUGGCGCUGAUUGUUAUCAUAACCACAAUCGUACUCAGCUCCAGGAAACAGAAAAGGAAAGAUGCAAGUGCAAAUCUAACUGUGACGAGUGAGGCCUUCUAACCACAGUUUGUGCUUCACUGUGGCCUACAUGUUCAUAUCUCCACCUACUGAUACGAUAACAACUUAAUUUGGUACAUAAAUACCUUCUUAUAUAAUAUAGAUGAAUAUAUCAUCAGACUGAACAAAGGGAGCAGCACAGGUAAUACUCCACACAACAUCCUCCAUGGCAGAAAAGUAUGCCAUGGAGGAUGUGUUGCACUUUUUUUUUUAACCUCACCCAACACUACACGGCACUCUAAGCUAAAAACUACAGAUUUAUUUUUUAACAUAAAGCAACUUACCUCCUGCAGCUGUUUGAACACUCCAUUUAAGUCAGGAAGUAAAAAUAUCCAUAGAGCUUUAAGUGUUUGGGCUCCUGAUGAAAUAGUCUUGUUUACAUCCAUGUAUUUUGCAGAAAACAGAAGUAACAACUGUAAAGUUAAUUGUAUUGUGCGUGCGUUGUUUGUGUAUCGUCCUCAAACGCUGAUCAAUAUUAUUUAACUGUUUAUUAUUCAAAAUUGUCUGACAAUAAAGUUAUUCUCAUACACUAA